CGCACCCACUGGAAGCUGGAGGUUGCCUGGGAAGCUGGAGCAUCCCUGUUUUGUCACCCACCGACCCAGUGAACAAAAAGAAGCCACAGCCUCAUGUUGACUAUUUGAGCAGACAUGGGAUGCAGGUGGGGAGGGAUCCGCCAUCCAUCGCUGAGUUAGCUGCCUGGGGCUUUUUUAAUUCAACACUACAUCUACACUAUGGCUAAGCAGUACGAUGUGCUCUUCCGACUCCUGCUCCUCGGAGAUUCUGGGGUUGGGAAAACAUGUUUAUUAUGCAGAUUCACGGACAACGAAUUUCACCCGUCUCACAUCUCCACCAUCGGAGUCGACUUCAAAAUGAAGACACUAGAAAUAGAUGGCAUCAAAGUGCGGAUACAGAUAUGGGACACUGCAGGCCAAGAAAGAUACCAGACCAUCACGAAGCAGUACUACAGACGAGCACAGGGAAUCUACCUGGUGUAUGAUAUCACGAGUGAGCGAUCUUUCCAACACAUCGUGAAGUGGGCCAGUGAUGUGGACGAGUACGCUCCCGAGAAGGUCCGGAAGAUCCUCGUGGGGAACAAAGCAGAUGAGGUGGACAAGAGGCAGGUGGCCACAGAGCAGGGUGUCAAGCUGGCCAAGGUUUAUGGAAUGGACUUCUUUGAGACAAGUGCCUUCACCAACCAAAACAUAACAGAGACUUUCACACGAUUGGCUGAACAGGUGCUGGCAGCCAAUAAAAAGGACCUGGAUCUUCUCCGGAUGUCUGUUAAUGACGAGAUUAAUCUUGCUGCUCUGGAGGAAGAGGAAGGAAUCUGUGACAGCGCGGCGGGCGACCAAGGCAAAGGCUGCUGGUGUUAAAGAAAACAAUUGAAGUCAGAUACUCUGCAAUCCCCAGACACUUUGCACACUCUUGGCAAAAUGUGUCUGCUUUUGUCGUUAGUUGAAAUAAAGAGGAACAUCCAGCUGAAGUCCAACCGUGUUCCAAUGCCAGAAAUGAGAGCCGUUUCAAGGACAAAGGUGGAAAUAUUUUGCCACACGGUGCCAAGUGUGCGGUGGGUUAACCAACAGGUCCAAAUGUCAAGAUUUCCCUCAGUGGGACAGAAUGUUCAUUGUCUAAAAAGCACCAAAUCCCUGCUCAGUUCAGUGUGUCUUUGAUGUAACCAAAUGCAAACCCCUGUCCACUACGAAUUCUGCGAUUGACAUACAGUUGAAAAGACUAAACACAAAACUUCCAGCGGAGCUGAAAACGAAGAUUUGAUCAUCUUUUCUUACAGACUUUGUACAGAGUCCUGAUGUAGAGGCUGUCCAAUGACAUGGAAUUGUCCACAACUGACUUGAAGCUUUUCACAAUGUUGUAUUUCACAUUAUUGUCCAAGCGCUGUCUCAGAUAUCGAUCAUAGGGCUGGGUGCCUUGAAAAUCAACAUGGGGAUUGAUUACAUUAGACCUUCAUCCACCCCUUCAGUGUUUUCCUUUAUGUGUGGGUAUUAGCACUCCUGCACACAUAGCCUUUCUAUCGUUGAUUGCAUUAGAUGUAAAGUGAGUAGUUGACCACAAGAGGGCGCUACAUGCAUUGUGAAAACAGCACACACACACACACACACACACACACACACACACACACACUGGAGAGGCGUUCAGUGUUAAAUUAUGCUACUUCACUGUAUUUUCUCACGUGUUGGUUUGGGUCGUAAUUGCACGUGCAAUGACUGCCUUUAAAUGCGAUGAAAGGAUUUGAAAUAUAUGCAGCCAUUUUAUUGUUUUUCUUUUCUUUUCUUCGUGCAAAUAUUGGCAACAGAGGAGGUUUUGCAGCUUGUAAUAUCAUCCACACAUACUUUCUGAUCAUUUGCGAUCAAGUACUCCAGUAGAAUUCAUUAACUUAGGGAAACAUUGUAGCAAAAUUGAAGAUAUUUUUCUUUGUUUAUAAGAGAAAACAUAAUGUACUAUAGUACAGAUAAGGUUUGAUAACUGCCUAUUGCAUUGUACAUAACAGUUUUUUCAUCGUAGAUUGGUAGAAUCAUGAGGAUACGCCAUUAAUUUAAUGUGUUCCCAUUAGAGGGCUGUAUAAACAAGUUGACAGUGAUAUUCUAGGUGGUCUGAAAUAUUCCCUCUGUGAAGAUAAUAAUGUCUUGGUCAUUCUGUCCUUUCCUCACUGUUUUGUACAGAGUCCAGUGGAGAUUUCCUCCCCCCCCCCCUUAUGACUUAUGAAGGGACAAGUGAGAGUUUUGCAUGCGAUCCACUCUUCCUUCCUGUCUUUAAAUGCAACUUCAAUGAAGUUAAUAAUCAUCUGACCGUAAUACAAGUAUAGCAUUUGACCAGAGUUGCCUGUUUGAGACUUAAACAGAAUGACCAUCAUCGGACAAAACUUGGCUAAAACAUUUUUUUGCAACUUAGUAAUAACUAAAUGCUACUAUAUGGAAAAAAAAAAAAAUGUUAAUCUGUGCACUGUGUGAAAUGGCAGUAUGUUGUACUGGAUGAUGUUCUGGACUAAGCUCUAGAUACACAAUGUAUCUGUGUUGUUUUUUCAAGAACUAUUUUUCUUUCUUUAAAACUACUUCAACUUGUAUUUGUGGAACUAUAUUACAUGCAACAUGUAAAAUGCAACAUGUUAUUCUUGGAGAAAAGAUGUCAGAUGUUUAUGAGUAAAUACUUGCAGAUA